AUGGCAUCUAGACUAGGGGUGAGAGUGGUGCCAACUCCACCCAGAGGGACGCGCAGGCUUGUCUUCAUCUUCAGCCUGUCGCUCUCCUUCACCUACCUGUGUUACAGCCUCAUCUUCUGCGGCCACUCCAUCAUGCAGAAGCCGCUGGCUUUCCCCGAGCACCGAGCCUGCUACCUGCUGCAGAGAUCCCAGCACUGUGGCCACUCUGCCCAUCCCAACGGCCCGGGCCGAGGGCACGCAGCCCCUAACCGGACACUCAGCGGCAGGAGCCCGGAGCGGGACAGGGUCAGCGAGACACCCCCCAGGCCGGGCAGUAAGCGCCUGCCUCUGGCCAUUAUCGUCGGUGUGAAGAAAGGAGGGACCCGGGCGGUGCUAGAGUUCAUCCGAGUCCACCCCGAGGUCAGGGCACUGGGCACCGAGCCGCACUUCUUUGACAGGCACUACGAGAAAGGACUGGAGUGGUACAGAAGCUUGAUGCCCAAGACGCUGGAUGGUCAGAUCACCAUGGAGAAAACACCCAGUUACUUUGUUACCAGGGAGGCACCAAAGCGAAUCUUCUCGAUGGCAAAAGGCACUAAACUCAUUGUGGUGGUCAGGAACCCAGUGACGAGAGCCAUUUCAGACUAUACCCAAACACUGUCCAAGAAACCGGAGAUUCCGACCUUUGAGGUUCUAGCGUUCAAGAACCGGACCCUGGGCCUGAUUGAUGCCUCUUGGAGUGCGAUCCGCAUUGGAAUCUAUGCCUUGCACCUGGAGAACUGGCUCCAGUUCUUUCCCCUCUCCCAGAUCCAUUUUGUCAGUGGGGAGAGGCUCAUCAUCGACCCAGCCGGAGAAAUGGGCAAAGUGCAGGACUUCCUGGGCCUCAAGAGGAUCGUCACCGACAAGCACUUUUACUUCAACAAAACCAAGGGCUUUCCUUGCCUGAAGAAACCAGAGAGCAGCAGCACGCCGAGGUGUCUCGGCAAAUCUAAGGGAAGGACUCAUGUCCAAAUAGACCAAGAUGUUAUUGAGCAGUUGAAGGAGUUUUACAGAUCAUAUAAUAUUAAAUUUUAUCAAAUGGUGGGACAUGACUUUCGAUGGGACUAA